CAAAGGUUCAAAGUAUCUGUACCUUUUGUCCCCUGUCGCACAGAAAUCCCAGAUCCGUGCGACCCAAUGUUUUUCUUGCCCUUAUAGCGGAUAAAGAAGCGGUCGACGCGACUGACUGACGCUAGGCGCAGAGAGCAUCCGACACACUUCGUCAAGCUGCAGCUGCGCUCUCCUCAAAGCGUUGCAAAAACAAACCGCACACAACUGCCAUCGAUCAUGUUUGUUGUUGCUGGUCCUCACUCACCCUUACUGCUGGACUCACGAUCCAUACGAGUACCGCGACAAAAUACGUUAGACAACGACGAUAGUAUCUACAGGUAGUUCAGCCCUGCCUACUCCCAUAUACCUUGCGCCUCGCUCUCCGCAAGUCUACAGUGUAUACCUCACCUCCGGACUUUCACAGUCGACGGAAUCGGCGCAGUCUCUACCCAGUCUAUCCAGGCUCUCUACGUCUAUAUACCUCUGCUCUCCUCUCCUCUCGAUUCUCUGAUCCGUGUCAACGUGCCGGGAGCUGAGCUCGCAAAACAAGCAAAAAGGCACAGAAGCACACGGAAAUGCCAGUCUACCUAGUCCACGGCUUCCGCUGGCCGCGUGAAGGCUUCUCAGGCAUCCGAGUCCACGCCAUCGUGAACAACCUCGACAACACGAGCGUGGAGUACAUCCAAAACGAGAACUCGCGUGCCGACAUCCUGGACUCGUUCCACAGGUUGUACCCGGACAUCAUGAAGGAGCUGGUGGGCGGGGGACCCGGCGGUCGCAACCUCGAGUUCAUAGAACAAUACAACCCGGACGACGUGGACGGACCGAACUCGGUGAGCCAGCCCUACGCUUACGUCGGCGACAAGGUGGUCACGAUCGCCGGUCGGACACCUGGGAGCAGCAACGGCGGCGGCAGCAACGCGGCACCUCUGGUCUCCACGACCUCGAACCUGACGCCGACGACGCACCCGUCGGUCGCGACAACGCAAGGACAGAAUACGGACACGUCUACCGCAAGAGGAGAAAAAGAGUCAGGAAGCGGUAACAAUAACAGUCAGUCUGCCACCACGUCGUCGUCUCCGCACAGAUCCCGCGCCAACACACAACACUCUGGCGGCAAGAAGCCGGGCCCCGAAGAGACGGACCUGAGUCUGAACGUGGAGGACGUCAUCGCCGCCGGUCCCGGCCUGACGAACAAGGCGUGGGAAGCGCUCGCGGACCUACGUGACAAGAUUGCGCCCAACGAGAAGAUCGGUUGGUGGGUGGUGUACAAUGGCGACCCGGAGCGUGCGUUCGAUGAAGAUGACGAAGAUGAAGACUACGACGACGAUGGAGACGAAGAGCACGACUACGACGAUGACGACGACCAAGGCCAGGAGCUCGCAGACGACGAGAGAGGCGCCGACCCGAAGACGGCACCGUCGCCGCGCCGCAAACAAGGACAGGGACAGCCUCAUUCGCGCGGCUCCUCUCAACAGCUGAGACCGCUCACAGGUUCGACGGGCAGUCCCGCGCGGCCGAGGACAGCCCCUUCGGCUGGGGCGUCCGAUGCCUAUCCACCGCCCCUGCCUCUUCCUCUGUCCGCCACCUCGCCGCGGGUUUCACACCAGCAGCAACCCUCGGGGCUCACGGCGCUUCCUGUCCGGCCGACGAAUGUGGCAGAACAGACAUCUAAACCCGACACCAAGGGCAAACAGAAAGAAGGAGGCCAGGAAACGAAAUCAAAAGAGAUGAGCAAAGGCCAGAGUUUUAGAAAGAAGCUCUUUGGCAGAAGAGGUUGAGAAAGACCACGUUUUGCCAGAGCGCUGACCAAUUGUAUUGCUACCUACUAUACCUAACCUACGCAAACGACAUUACGAAGUAUCUGAGGGACGCCCUUACCCUCAUUAUCAACGACCUACCUUGGAGUUUAGUGAGGCUAAAAAGCAGCACAUGCAUAGAAUGGCGGUCGACCCAUGCGACAGAUCGCUGCAGUUUCUGCAAGGCACUACGAGGAAGUGCUCGCCCGCAGAUGAUAGCUGCGACAUUGAAUCCAGCCAGGUGUAGAAAAGGGAGGGAAGUGGGCACACCAUGUCUACAGGUUAGAACGCGAUGUGAGCUAGAUCGUCGACGUCAAGACGUGCAGCGAAUCCUCAGAAAGAAGACCUGAAUUAAGAGAGAAGGAAUCGUUGCUUUAGGAAAGAGCUGGGUGUGUCAUGGAAGGUGGGUAUAUGAGGAGGAGCCAUGGUCCGUUCCAAGAGAACGAGAAGUCUCGGUGGCCAGCAAUGCGUGGAAAGAUCCCGAUCCAAGCUCAAGUCACAUUCAAGGCAUCCAGAUUUGUCAACAUUUGUGCAUUUUCCAUUCCAGUUCAUCAGUUUGUGUACGUUCGAGGAGCAUU